CAUGCCCCAGAACGUGGUCCUCCCGGGUCCUGCGCCCUGGGGAUUCAGACUCUCCGGAGGUAUAGACUUCAACCAGCCUCUGAUCAUCACCAGGAUCACCCCAGGGAGCAAGGCGGCAGCUGCCAACCUGUGUCCUGGCGAUGUCAUCCUGGCUAUUGACGGUUUCGACACGGAGUCCAUGACUCACGGUGAUGCGCAGGACAGGAUUAAAGCAGCUGCACAUCAGCUGUGCCUCAAAAUUGACAGGGCAGAAACUCGUUUAUGGUCACCACAGGUCUCUGAAGAUGGAAAAGCUCAUCCUUUCAAAAUCAACUUAGAGUCAGAACCACAGGACAUCAACUACUUUGAACACAAGCACAAUAUGAGGCCCAAACCUUUCAUAAUCCCAGGCCGAAGCAGUGGAUGCAGUACUCCUUCCGGUAUUGAUGGUGGCAGUGGACGUAGCACCCCUUCUUCUGUCAGUACUCUUAGUACUAUUUGCCCAGGUGACUUGAAAGUUGCUGCUAAGAUGGCCCCUAACAUUCCUUUGGAAAUGGACCUUCCUGGUGUGAAGAUUGUACAUGCUCAAUUUAAUACACCUAUGCAGUUGUACUCAGAUGACAAUAUUAUGGAAACACUACAGGGUCAGGUUUCAACAGCUCUAGGGGAAGCGCCCUCCGUGAGUGAACCCGCGGCCUCUGUGCCCCCUCAUUCGGAUGUGUACCGCAUGCUCCACGACAACCGCGACACGCCCGCGCCACCUCGCCAGUCUGGCUCCUUCCGAGUGCUCCAGGACUUGGUCAAUGAUGGCCCAGAUGACCGUCCUGCUGGAACUAGGAGUGUAAGAGCUCCCGUUACCAAAGUCCAUGGUGGUGCUGGUGGCCCGGGAGGCGCAAAGAUGCCAUUCUGUGACAAGUGUGGCAGUGGCAUUGUGGGUGCGGUCGUGAAGGCACGGGAUAAGUACCGCCACCCGGAGUGCUUCGUGUGUGCUGACUGCAACCUCAACCUCAAGCAAAAGGGCUACUUCUUCCUGGAGGGAGAGCUGUACUGCGAGACCCACGCGCGAGCCCGCACCAGGCCCCCUGAGGGCUAUGACACGGUUACUCUUUACCCCAAAGCUUAA